UCCUCUGCCCUGUUCUGUGAUGUACAGCACUCAACUACAAAAUGAUGUAUCUCAACUACAAAAUGCAGCGUUUACAAUCGCGUGAUUAAAAAAAAAAAAAAAAAAAAAAGAGUUUAACCCUAUACAUUUUACUAAACCCCAAACCACAGAACAGUCAAUUUCUAUUGUCAAUAGUGGGCAGAAUGUAACAAAGAAAAGUGUGUAAUACAGGAGGAAAGAAGCCCAAUAAAAACUCCAGUUGAAGGGAGAUGAAUUCUCUGUGUAUCCUUUCCAAGUGCCUGGCUGGGCCCGGGAGCGCUGAAGAGACGUUUCCAUUGGGCUUCUGUAUUCCAAACCCAGGUUCAGAGCUGCAGCUGGCGGCCCGGUGUGUGCAAGCCCGGACAGCCACCUCGUAACCCAAUCCUGCAGUGCAGUGCCUCCGUGCUGUUCCUCAGAGCGCUGUGCUCCCUGCUCCAGGGGGUGGAGUUAGUGCUGGUCAGGUCUGCACACAGCUGGGAACACGUCUGCUUUAACUGAUGGGUCCAGGUUCUAAUUUUAAUAACAAGGAAGCCCUAUCCGCCUCAUUGAGGACGUACCUGAAGCAGCACGGAGGGAUCUUUUCCAGGCAGGAAGGCUCUGUUGCUCAAUCCCAAUCUGCUUCUGAAUUUGCAUUUAAAAUAGCUGCUUCCAGUUGAGAGGAGACAUUCAACAAUAAUAGGCUUCUGAGCCUUUAUCCAGCCGCCUGUGGUACAGUAACUCCUUGCUGUGUUACUGACUCUCUUCAAUCUCCCUGUGCACUUCCUAAUCAUCCAUGGCGACAGCACAGGCCUUGCCCCUGACCAGCGAACCCAGCACCCACUUCGGUGACCUCUACCCCCUCCCCUCCCAGCGCGGCCAGUACAGGAGCACCAUGGGAAGUGUGGGCAGCCUGAUCGAGAAGCCGGACCUGUCCCCAGAGCCGCUGCGCAGCAGCAGGGCCGUGCCCCAGGCAGGACCCAGGCAGCCCGACGGCCUGCUCAAGAAGGAGCCCAAACCAGGCAAGAGGACCGUCUCCUCCAUCAAGAGGGAGCACGGCUCAGAGGAAGGAGAGAACAUCUACAGCAAGCUGCAUCACAAACACGGCAAGGAGAUUGACCUGACCAAGAACUCUCUGCCGCUGGAAAAGUCCCGGUGUCGACCCUCUGCGUUCAAACCGGUCACUCCCAAGAACUUCAGCUCCAUGCAGAACCUGUACCCCUCCAGACACGAGGUCCCAGAGAAGGGGCUCUCCAAUGGGCUUCAUCAUGUCUCCUACGCCACGGUCUCCCCCUCCCGGAGCGGCCCCGCCAGGCCCCCUCCGCCCCAGGCCCUCAGCCAGCAGGACGAGGAGAACAUGUCUGACUCGGGACACCACUCCCUGAACAGCCUCCCGCCCUACCGGCCCCCCUUCAAGGCUCACCUGGGCCAGAUCAGCGCCUCCAUGAGCCACAUCAACCACAUCGGCUCGCUGGAUCGUGGCUCGGCGGGCUACCGAGGGGCUCGGUCCACGGGCACGGAGCUGUCGUGCCGCAGCAUGGCCACGCUGCACCGGCUGCAGGGCUGCGAGGGGGAAGCACCCCCGCCCUACCAGGCCUCGCUGUCCAUGGAGGACAUGGUGAAGGACCUCGAGGAGAGGCUCCUGGAGAAGGAGCACGAGCUGAAACAUGUGAGGAGGAACCUGGACGAGAGCGAGGACGCCAUCGCUCAGGUGUUUGAAGAGAGGCAGCGGCUGUGGGAGAAGGAGAUUGAGGAGCUCAAGAGGCUCUAUGCCACCAAGCUGCGGCAGAUCUCCCAGCAGGCCCAGCGCUCGCAACGCACGCUGCAGCUGCAGCUGUACAAGGCGCAGCAGGAGAAGCGCAGGCUGCAGGAAGACCUGGGCGCGCUGCAGCGGGAGUGCGAGGGGUUAAAGACCGUCGAGCAGGGACAGGACAACCCCAGACUGGAGGAGACCAAGUGGGAGGUAUGCCAGAAAUCAGGUGAGAUCUCCCUCCUGAAGCAGCAGCUGAGGGACUCGCAGGCAGAGGUGGCUCAGAAGCUGGGUGACAUCUUCAGCCUGAAGACGCAGCUGAGAGAGACGAGGGGGGAGCUGCGAAGCAAGGACAACGAAAUCGAGCUGCUCCGAGACUCCCUGCGACGCACCCUGCAGGACGGAGAGGAGGACGGAGAGGGAGUGGGAGAGGGUGAGGGCAGGGAGGGGAGAGGGCAGCAGCAGGGUUCCACGGAGGAGAGGCUGAGGGCGGAGCUGCUCCUAGAAAGACGACAGAACGAAGCCCAGACCUCGCUCUUUGAGUCGGAGCGACGCACCUGGCAGAGCGAGAAGGAGAAGGUGAUCCGGUACCAGAAGGAGCUGCAGAUGGGCUACCUGGAGAUGUACCACAAGAACCAAGCCUUGGAGAAGGAGCUGCAGGAGCUGCGAGGAGGAGGAGGAGGAGGGAGGGGGGGAGAGGGAGAGAGCCGCAGCAGCAGCAGCAGCACAGGGGUCAAUGAUCCACAGCAGCCCACAGGCCUGCCCUGGAUAGAGAGGAUCGAGUCCUCUGAAAUAUGACUGCCCCUGGUGGCAGGAGGGGCAAAGGUCAGAGGAAAAAGGAGGGCCAGAAAAAAAUAAUGAACGCAACAAUCUGUGAGUAAAAGAGACUCUAAAGCUGGAAGAACGCAGUGCCUGUGCAGUUGUUUGUUAUUGGAUGACAUGCCCUUCAAUCCAGGAAGCUGCUGCAGAAGGUGCUGCUCAUGGGAGUCUGGGACUACAGAAAAAUGAACGAGACAUCAACGCUGCAAGCUGUCUUGCAAAGUGCCAGAUUUUUAUUUUUUUAUUUUUUUCACGUUUGAAAAAUAAAAAAGGGAAUUUUUUUUUUUUUUAACAUAACAAU